UCUCAAGCGAUCGAGUUUUGGUAGCUCCGCCGUCUGAGUCUCAACACAACCGGCAUGGGCCAGUGGCAGUUUCAGUUUUGUUUCGAGUCUGCGCUGUGCUAGUCGUGUCUACGCUCAAGUCGCUCAAGCCGCCUCUGUCUACUUUGUUGAGUGUAAGUGGAGAGGUCGACGUCAGAUUCCGGCUUUUUAAUUGCAAUUGGAAGGCACUAUGCUUCUACUAUCUGCCAACUGUUGCAUGCCGUACUAACGUCGCUGUUUGUGAGAUGAGAAGCCCGUUGCAGGGCCUCUGCUGGCUCUGGCUGUUGACACUGGUGCAUGCACUUGCAACGACCAGUGGAAGUCGCGAGUCCCAGCUGCGCAUUGGCAAAGGCGUCAAUGUAUUUGUACGCUAUGGCUAUUUGAGCAUAUCAAUGCGCGUUAUACCCACAAACGAAAGCAGCGAAACUGAGCGCUGGCUCUUCCGCGAGCCCACCAGAAAUAUUUACAAGAACAUCAGCAACUUGGCUGACAUACAUGAGGAUAAUACACCUGGCAUUUUCCAUGGCGACUUUCAUAUGGAAUUCUGUGAGAAUCGUCGCCAACUAUUGCAGGCAUACUUUCGUGAUUUUACCAUUGAGCGCUUGGAUAAGCCUUGGGAGGCUUUGUCGGGCGGCUGGUUUCCACAUACUGCAGCUAAGAAGCUUGGCGUCAAUGCCUCCUUCAUUUUGGGUGACUACUCCUAUGUGCUAGUGCGCGUUGUGCGCUUUAGAGAAACAGGCAAACUUGCUGUGCCCAUACCCAACAAUCAGCCGCUGGAGCCGGAGAUACUUGAACGUGUUAAGGACCUGCAGGUGGGCAAUAUAACGGAAACGUUGUACUUUUUGGAUCAAAUUGGCUCGCAUUACAUCAACUCGUACACCACGGGCAACUCGCUGUAUCAAGUGUUUGUCUACAAUCGCAAGAACUACAAGAUGAUCAAAGAUCGCAUAAAGGCCAAGGGACUCAAUGGCCUCAGCAAGCUUGAUCUGUACAAUUAUUUUGCGCCCUGGUUUGCUGCGCAUUUGGGCCAAAUACGCUCGGCCAGCGGCAAUGCCACCGUGGAGCGCUGGGCAAAACGCAAACUGCAAUACGAGUACUAUGUGGUCAAGUAUGUUACCUUGUUGAAGCUGCAUGGCAACAGCACGCUGCUGCGCUCGCUGGACAGUCUGCUGGGUAAUGAUGCCAUAUUAUCGCUGGACUUGAAGGCGCUCAAUUUAUUUCCGGAGAAUCCGGAGAAGCAGCAGUGGUUCAAUGAAGUGCUCGACAACAAUCUAAAGCUGUGGGAAAUUAACAUGCCACUGAGUAAUCAAAGUUAGCACUCAGGCUCAUGUUUAAUUGAAUGUUCCUAGUUAUAUUGUUUUGGCGACUAAUGUAUCCAUUAUUUAGUCUAAGCUCUCUAGCGCGUAAUUACUGUUUCUGCCUGUGAUAGUUUUUAGUUAGCUUAAUUAAAAUAAAACAACAAUAAAAUGUAACUACAAUUUGAGUUCAAC